GCGAACGAGAACUACUACAAGUACCUGGGCAUCGGCGAGAACGCGACGGCGGACCAGGUGCGCAAGGCCUACAAGAAGAUGUGCCUCAAGUACCACCCGGACAAGCUGCGCCAGACGGGCAAGCAGAUCAAGGGCUGCGCGUCCGCGGAGGAGGCGGCCGAGGAGGCCAAGGAGACGUUCCUGAGCAUCCAGGAGGCCUUCGAGAUCCUGGGCGACCAGGCGACGCGGCGCCAGUACGACCGG